AUGGCAAAAGACGACAUUGGAUAUUAUACAAACUAUGAAGUAAUUGGCGGUUAUUUCUCUCCAGUAUCCGACCAUUACGGUAAAAAGGACCUUGCACCAGCACACCAUAGAGUACGUAUGUGCGAAUUGGCUGUUGAGACAACAUCGACGUGGCUGAUGGUUGAUUCUUGGGAAAGUCUACAACAAAAUUAUACCACGACAGUGCGAGUGUUGGAUCAUUUCGACAAGGAAGUGAAUGAGAAAAAUAAUAUUGUUACCAAAGAUGGUGUAAAACGCCGUGUUAAGAUUAUGUUGCUGUCUGGUGCCGAUUUGAUCGAAUCUUUCAGCGUGCCAGGUCUUUGGGCAGAUGACGAUUUACGUUGCAUACUCGGCGUCUAUGGAUGUGUGAUCAUUGAGAGGACAGAAGCGGAUGUAUGGAAAGCCGUCGUUGGGCAUGAUAUUUUAUAUGAGCAUCGGAAAAACAUUUGUAUUGUGAAAAGGUUAAUACAAACCGAUGAAAGCUCUACAAAAUUGAGAUUAUUUAUUAAGAGAGGACUGUCGAUAAAGUAUCUAUUACCAUGCUCUGUAAUCGAAUAUAUCCAAGCACACAAUCUCUACAAGUAA